AUGGAUUUCCGAUCACGGUUGUCCAGUGCACGUGUUGGCUUGACAGCACAGUUGCGCUACACUGGAUCAACGGCGGGGAGAAUACAAACAAUUUGUUGCCAACGAAUCCAGAAAAUUAAGUCGAACAGCGGUAUCCAAUGGCGUCAUGUACCAACCGACCAAAACCCAGCUGACCUGGGAAGUAGAGGGGGUUCUGUAGUGAACAAACAAUUGUGGUGGAACGGUCCAGCAUGGCUCAGCACUCCAGAGAGUUGGCCCGCAGACAUAACCACUACCCCGUCCAAGGAAAGCAACGCCGAAGCGAAGAUGGUUAAACAGGUACUGGCAGUAUCGUUGGAGAGCAUCAACGAGCUAGACGAGAUGCUUAUGAAAUACAACUUGUGGAAAAUGUUGAGAAUCUGUGCAUGGGUAGCAAGAUUUGCUUUCAACUGCCGUCAACCCAGACAAAAGCUAAAAGGACCAUUAACGACAGACGAGAUCGAGAAGCAGAAAUUAUUCUGGAUCAAACGUGCCCAAACCAGCGCAACGUACGAAGAGGAACGAUCGGCAUUGAAUCUGAAGCCAAACGAACUCGGAGUUUUGGUAUGCCGAGGAAGAAUCCAAGGAAAUUAUCCCAUAUUCCUACCAGACACACAUCCCUUCACAGCAAAGUUGGUGGAUCAAGCUCAUAUACGCACUCUGCAUGGAGGAGUAGGAAUGACGAUGGCUUACAUUCGUGAGAAGUACUGGAUCCCGAGGCUUCGCAGACUCGCUUGGAAAGCGAUCAAGAAAUGCUACGGUUGCCGCAGAUUCCACGCAAAAGCCCUAGAGCAACCUGUACCUGGUCUGCUCCCACGUAAUCGAACGGAAGGCAGUCGCCCAUUCCAAACCAUAGGAGUAGACUUCGCGGGACCACUAAGGUACAAGAAAGGAAACAAGACCGAAGGGAAAGCGUACAUCGUGCUGUACGCUUGCAAUUUGACAAGGGCGAUCUACGUCGAGUUAUUGGCCAGCCUAUCGACCGAAGAGUUCAUAAGAAGUCUGAAAGGAUUCAUCGCCAGGAAAGGGAGACCAGAAAAAAUCUAUUCAGACAACGGCAAAACCUUUGUCGCGGCAGCAAAGUGGUUGAACGUGGUGCAAAGGGACGAAAAGCUCCAAAACUUUUUGGCUAUCAAAGAGAUACGUUGGCAGUUCAACCUUAGUCGAGCGCCGUGGUGGGGUGGCCAGUUUGAGCGCUUGAUCGGGCUUGUCAAACGAGCAUUACAGAAAACAAUUGGCGGUGGAUGUUUGCGAUGGAACGAAAUGCAGGAAGUACUUCUAGAUGUAGAAGUCGCUGUAAACAGUCGACCACUGAGCUACGUCGAGGAAGACCAUCAAAUGCCAACUCUGACGCCAAACGCUAUGAUGUUCGUCGGCUCUAAUACCUUGCCAGAGUUAGAGGCCCAUCAUCUCGAAAAACCUGACCUACGGAAAAGGGCAAGAUUUUUAUCGAGAUGCAAAGAUGCUGUUUGGCGACGAUGGACAUCAGAAUACCUACGGGCGUUACGGGAAAGACAUAACCAGGCUCAAGGGACUAAAACGUUGAACCUGAAGAUCGGGGAUGUGGUGAUCAUCAAAUCGAACGAGAAGAAUCGAGCGAAGUGGAAAUUAGGAAUUGUUGACGAGCUUUUCAAGGGACGCGACGAUGUGGUGAGGGCAGUAAAACUUCGGGCUGGGAACAAUUUCCUAGAAAGACCACCUACACAUCUGUACCCCUUGGAACUAUCGUGCGACCGAAAAGCGAAGGUAACUAAACAAUCACUGAACGCAGAUGCUGCAACAUUCAGACCCAAGAGAGACGCUGCAGUGGCAGCGAGACAACGCAUCCAAGAUGUCAUAAACUCUCAGAGUUAUGCAUGGUGGACAUCCGUUAGUGAACCAUAA